UCGUCUAAAACAAUCGGGUCGGUAUUAGCAUCUAAUUUGCUUGAAUAUCGGCUCGUAAAUUUAGAGGCCGAUUAAUGGGAACCACCUGAAUGCUAAAUUUUAGUGACCGCAAGUGAACUUGAAAUGACAAUUGAAACUUGUGACUGCAGUGUGAAUAAUUAAAUGACCGUAGAAUUCUUUACUUCGAGUCACUUUUUCAAUCCCUUAAAUAUUGGCCUCUCCUUUCCGCGAUACACUCACAGUGAUAACAAUUAACAGAAAUUAAAUUUCCAACGAAGUAUCAGCAUUCUAGCAAUAUGUCGAAAGUUCAUCAACGCGGAUAGUGGAAUUAAAAAACUGUUGACCAUUGAAACAAUCAGAUCAGUUCCGCGUCCUGUUUCGAAACCCGAGCAAAUUUUUUCCGUACGCAAAAUGGAACAAUUGUUCGCGUUCGCGUUGCUUGCGCUAUUCACGCUGUCCGCGAGGUUUUCCGAAACCAGUGCAGCGUGUAAGUUACUCCCUAGCCCUGAGGUGACCGAAUACUCGUGCGAAGGAGGACAAAUUUCUGACCUGGAGACAAUUUCGUCGAGGGCUGAAAAAAUUCUUAUCACAAACAUGAUGAUCCCUAGGCUCCCAGCAGACGUACUUCAAAGGUUUGGUAGCAAUUUGUUAGCGUUUGGUUGUUCGCAUUGCGGAAUACAGGAAAUAGACCCUGAUGCGUUUAAAGGUGUCAUGUACAUUCAACAAUUAACUUUGGAUAACAACCUGCUAACAACCGUGAAGGCUGAGUGGUUCCGAGGGCUUUCCGACUUGACUUAUUUGGACCUCAGUCACAACAAAAUUAAGGACAUCGAAGAGGAAACCUAUGCCCAUCUUCCGAGGCUCGUCGAGUUCAGACUAUCCGGAAAUCUCAUAGAGUGCCUGGAUACCAAGGCGAUGUCCGGCUUGCAGAAUCUCAAGCGAAUGUUUCUAGUUGAAAUAUCGACUUUUAAGUGUCCCAGAACCGCCUCAAAAUUUUUAGCCGAAAAGGGCAUCAUGGUCCAGAAAGACGAGACCUGGGAGGCUAUUCCACCCGCCGAAGAAGAGGCCUUUCUUUACCAAACUAAAAGCCCUAGCUUCACCAAAGCGCCCGUAAAAGAAUCCCCGACCACCGAACGGAUACCCCCAAUAAUCUCGAAUCCCUCUUUGUACGUCACCAAACCUCAGCCUAUAGAAAUUCUAACAGCAGUCGAAACAUUUGCGCCACUAAUGACGUCGGAAGACUUCGAUAUCGACGCUGUCUUAACAACGAAUUCCUUGCCGAAGAUUCCAGUGCAAAGUUCAUCCCCUAAAUCGGUAAUUCCGCUUGUGGUGGUGCCCAAGCCUACAACGGAAAUACCGAAGCCCCCGGCGUCACCGGAAGCGAUCGACGCCAACGUUGCAGCUUCAACGUAUUCUUCGGUCGAAGAGUGUAUCGGAUGUACCGUCACUCCAUUAUCAUCGACCGUGGAACCGGUAAUGGAAGUUCGUUUACCGGAGAUCACCGAGGAGCCGAUUAUUAUCACACCAAUGAAAACUACCGAGAUUUUUAUACCACCAACUCCGACUUUGCCUCCAAAAUAUAUGCCAGGAGUAGUGCCUACGCAUGGCGAACAACCGCUUCCAUUUUAUGUCAUACCGAUUACCGAGAACGCUGUUGAUUAUCCACCCCCUGGACCUGCACCAUCAGGUGAAUUAUAUCAAGAACAGCGUCUCGAAGAGACGACUACAGAAGUUGAUAAGCCGCUUCCGGACUGCAACGUAGGAACUCGGACAAAUUUCUCAAUCGGACAUUAUAUCAUGAUUAUUAUCGUUACUUUGACCCGUUACGGUUUUUUGUGAGGUUAUGUGGUAAUUUUAUUUAAAACGAGAAGAUAAAUAACGAUAUUGGGAUCGGCAUACGCUACGAAUUUUCACCAACCUAUAAUUAAAAGAACUGAAUUAAAUUAUAUACCUUUAGUGCGUCGUAGAGAGAGUGACCCCCAACGUCCAUUUACUGGGGUGAAUAAUGUACGAACGAUACGUGGUUGUCGUUUCCAGUUCUGUUGAUUAUUUAACGUUUUUAUUUCGAAAAAUCGAAUCACAAAAAUCGAAAGAACAUCAAAACCAAGUGAAUCGUAGAUUUAACUGUUAACCAUAAGCUAUACUUAAAUAACACAACAAAGAAGAUUAAUUUUAGAUUAAUGUAUAAAUACAUAAUUCUCAAUUUGUCCGAGGAAACCUGAGUCUAAACUUAAAUCAUGCAUUUAUAUACGUAUGAGUUCAUUUUAUUAUUUAAUACAACGCAUAUUUAUUAUUUUUUCAAACCAAGAAUCAUGCCAUGUAUAAUUUCUCAGACUUACUACCCAAAUUGUAUACAAUGUUACGUGCAAAUCAUGAAUUAAACAUCGAUGAGUAAUCAGA